AUGGAAGGGGAGUACGAUGUGAUCGUGCUGGGCACGGGCCUCAAGGAAUGCAUUCUCUCCGGCAUCAUGUCUGUGAAUGAGAAGAAGGUGUUGCACAUGGACCGGAAUCCUUACUACGGGGGUGAAAGCGCCUCCAUCACCCCCCUGGAAGAGUUGUACAAACACUUUGAGCUCCAAGGGGGGCCUCCGGAAAGCAUGGGCUCCGGCCGAGACUGGAACGUAGACUUGAUCCCCAAAUUCCUCCUGGCCAGUGGUCAGCUGGUGAACAUGUUGAUGUACACGGAAGUGACCAAUUACCUAGAAUUCAAAGUGGUGGAAGGCAGCUUUGUCUACAAGGGGGGUGAGAUCUAUAAGGUGCCAUCCACCGAGACGGAGGCCUUGUCCUCCGGCCUGAUGGGCAUGCUUGAGAAAAAACAAUUUAGAAAAUUCCUGACGUUCGUGUCCAACUUCAACGAGGACGAGCCCCGGAGUUUCGAGGGCAUUGACCUUCAGAACACAAUCAUGAGGGAGGUGUACAAGAAGUUCAACUUGGGCCAAGAUGUUAUUGACUUCACUGGCCAUGCUCUGGCACGCUACCACACUGACGACUAUUUAGACCAGCUCUGCCUUGAGACCAUUCACCGCAUCAAACUGUACAGCAGGUCCCUGGGCCAGUAUGGGCAGAGCCCAUACCUGUACCCUCUUUAUGGCUUGGGAGAGCUACCCCAGGGAUUCGCACGAUUGAGCGCCAUCUAUGGUGGGAUAUACAUGCUGAACGUGCCCGUGGAUGACAUCAUCAUGGAGAAUGGAAGAGUGGUGGGUGUGAAGUCUAAGGGGAAGGUGGCUCGCUGCAAGCAGCUGAUCUGUGACCCCAGCUAUAUCCCUAACAAGAUUCGAAAGACUGGCCAGGUCAUCCGAGUUAUCUGUAUCCUCAGCCACUCCAUCAGAAACACCAACGAUGUUAAAUCCUGUCAAGUCAUCAUUCCCCAGAAUCAGGUCAACAGGAAAUCAGACAUCUAUGUGUGCAUGAUCUCUUAUACCCAUAAUGUGGCUGCCCAGGGAAAGUACAUUGCUAUUGCAAGCACCACAGUGGAGACAGCAGAGCCUGAGAAGGAGAUUGAGCCGGCUCUGAGCAUAUUGGAACCUAUAGACCAAAAGUUUGUGACCAUCAGUGACUUGUAUGAGCCAACAGACGAUGGAUUGGAAAGCCAGAUAUUCUGUUCCAGUUCCUAUGAUGCUACCACUGACUUUGAGACAACCUGCAAUGAUAUCAAAGAUAUUUACAAACGCAUGACUGGGACAGACUUUAACUUUGAAAAGAUGAGGCGCAAAAAUAAUGAUGUCUUUGGAUAG